AUGUUUCACCUUGAACAUUUAUCAAACCGGACUCUGCCGCCUCUGCUGCCGCAGGAGGACGAACAGAUGGCCGGGCCAGGACACCUGCAAGGCAGCCGGCAGCCGCCGCCUCCGCGCAGUUCUCCGGACAGGGGCCACAGUGUCGGAUCAAAUAAGAGAACAGAGCUUCCGAUCUCCGCCUCCCACCCUUGGCCCAGGCACCCGAGCGGGCGACCGCUUUCCAGCCUCGGGUUUUUUCGGGUUUGCCAAGCGCGCAAAUCUCCUGUCCUGCGCACCUCAGCACCCGGGCUUGGAGCUUAUGAAAAUCUGUCAAGGAGCGGUUGGAGACUGCAGGGCGGCGGGCCGGGGCCGCGCGGGCAGGCGCAGUGCAAGCUUCCCGCCGCCCACCAGGCCGCGCGGCCUGCGCGGCGCCCUCGCCCUCGCCCUCGCCCUCGUCCUCGUCCUCGCCCCGCGUCCAGGCGCGCGCUGGGGGAAGGUGGAGGCGCGCGGCAGGGCGUGCGGGGAUGCGGAACCCGAGUAUUGCGUGACGCGCGGCCUCGAGGGCGGGGACCUGGCCUGGCCGGGGAGGGUGGCCUCGGGCGGCCCCACGCGGCGCCCCGUUCCAGCGCCCGCGGCUCGGGCCCCGCAAAACCGCGCCCUUGGCCCCUCCUGGGCCGUGCGAACCCCCAGCGGAUUCUGCACUCUGGCAGUGGGGAGCCGCCGGCUCCCCACCCUGCUCCGGCCUCUCUCGGCCGACCCUCUGACCUCCGACCCUCACGUGCACGCGUCGGGCGGCCAGCAAGCGUUUGGGGGCCAAGCGAGCCCUUGGGUCUCGAGGCAGCCGUGUCCCCGGGGGCGGCGGGUCCGCCGGGCUGGUCCCGGGGCGAGAUGCCCACCAACUGCCCGCUCGGUGGUGGCUUCGGCGAGGCGGUCGAGCGGCCCAGGCCUCAGGAGGCCCGGCCACGUCUCCGGCGAGACCUCGCCUGGCCCCGCCGCCCUCGCCCGCCUUCCGCCCGCCCCAAGCUGGCCCCGAGGGAGCCGGCUCCCCGGGCCGACGGAAAAAUUGGAAAGCCUUCCCCGCCCGGGUGCAGUAAAGCACAGCAGAAGUUUGAUGUCAGUGUCCUGAUCUGAAGAAAAACUUCUGAUGGCUUUGGGGACAACAAGAAGCAGAGACAUGAUACCUGUGAACUCUUUGAGUGUUCUGUCUUCCUUGCCAUUUCUGAAGGCCAUGGGAUACUCUUCAAGGAAACUUCUGGAUGUGGUGCCAUAGAGAGACGUAUGUCCGCAUUUAAAAGGACCUGGCUGGCAAUGCACCUAAGUGUGGCUGUCUAUUGAGUGAGGAGGAGCUGAGAGCCUAAUUCACUUAUGUUUGAAGUAAUUAUUAAGGUAAGAACCUAUUGCUAUUUUGUAAACUGUGUUCUGGUUGUUUUGUAGAUCUGCUGUUUCUUAUUUCUUAUCCUACUGUCUUUUUGUGGUUUUGAUGUCUUUUGGUAUUAGUAUGCUUUGACUUCUUUAUUGUAUUCUUUU